GCAAGUGGCAAACAACUCUCUUUCCGGGAAACUUCCAGUGACGCUUAAAGCCUCCUCCACACUUGCCACGCUUAGCCUUGCAGGAAACGGAUUCGCAGGCUCCUUGCCAGACUUCUCGCUGUGGAAGGGAAGCUUUGAAACGCUGGCGCUAAGCCACAACAACUUCACAGGGCCCAUUCCUGACUCCAUCUCCACGCUCUCCACUCUGCAGGCCAUCAUCCUCGACAGCAACCAACUGACGGGGACCAUUCCAGCUGCCAUUUUCAACAUGACGAAUGUACAAUCCAUCUACCUGGCCAACAACCGUCUGAGCGGCAGUCUGCCGUCUGCCAUCAGUCGCUUAAGAAAUCUCCAACAGAUCUGGCUGGACAACAACAGCAUCGAGGGCCCUCUGCCAUCCGCCAUCUGCUCGUUGCCCUGGCUGUGGCGCAUCAUGGUGAGCAACAACCAUCUCUACGGGCCUCUGCCAGACUGCCUCUUCGACAAAUGCAUCAACCAGAUCGAUGUGAGCAACAACAGCCUGUACGGGCGUGUGAGCCGCAACUUCAGGAGCAUGGUAGCAAACAGCGACGCGCUCAUCAACCUCGCACACAACUUCUUCUACGGCGACGCCGUGCUCUUUGCCGCGGGCUGCCAGGUGUGCCCCGAGGAGAUCACCCAGCGCAACCAGCUUCUGCCAGACGACAGCAGCGUGGCGCUAGCAGGGAAGUGCAGUGACGCCGGCUACUCUGGCCAGCGUGACUACUCAGUGGCGGGGGCAGGCAAGGGCGCCCGGGGGAGUCUCGCAGGCAACUGUUUGACCAUCAAUCGGGAGGUCAAUUGCCCGUCCAAUGCGACUCAGCGCAGCACGGCAGCCUGCCAGGCGUUCUGCAGCAUCACGGACAACGGCCCGUGUGACGGCCAUGGCGCGUGCGUGCCGCCUGCACCGGCCUCCCAGCCCAACUUCACGUGCGCGUGCGAUGCCGGGUACUCUCCAGUGGACGUGGGUAACGGCUCUACUUGCGCCAUCGUCAAUGCCACCACAACCAACUUGCCGUCGCUGUCAACAGGAGCCAUUGUGGGCAUUGCUGUGGGUUGCUUUGCCGGGUUCACUCUGCUCACUGCUGUGCUCGCCUGGCUACUGCGGCCCCGUGGACAGAGGAAAUGGAAAGGGCUGGACGUGUGCGAGCAGUUCUCCCUGGAGCAGCUUGUGAAGGCCACAGACAACUGGGCGAGUGACAACGUGCUGGGGAAGGGCGGGUUUGCCACCGUGUACAAGGGGUGCUCGCCGCAGGGGCAGCUGUGGGCAGUGAAGCGCUCCACUGUCAUGACCAACGACUUUGAGACCGAGGUGCGUGCCAUGGCAUCGCUGCACCAUGUGAAUCUGGUGCGCCUGCUGGGCUUCUGCCAGGAUCUGAACGUGGAGACGGGCAAGCAGGAGCAGAUCCUCGUGUAUGAGUUUGUGGCCAACGGGGACCUGCACCACCACAUCUACAAGUCCGAGAACCCUCUCUCGUUGCGCCAAAGGCUGCGCCUGGCGCAAGGAGCAGCGGAGGGCCUGGCGUACCUGCAUGGGUUUGCGACGCCCAUCCUCCACCGCGACAUCAAGCCAGCCAACAUCCUCGUGACACCCGACAUGCACGCCAAGGUCGCGGACUUUGGGCUGCUCAAGCUGCUCACUCAUGGCGAUGCUGAUGCCACUAGAGUGGCAGGCACGCCUGGCUAUGUGGAUCCAGACUACAACCGCUCCAACGUCAUCACGUCCAAGAGCGAUGUCUUCAGCUUCGGCAUUGUGCUCCUGGAGUUGCUGAGUGGAACUCCACCCACCUUUCACGGUGCAACCCAUAUUAAGGAAUGGGCGCGGCAGAGGGUGGAUGCAUAUGGGUUUGACGAGCUCAAGGACAGCAAACUGGAGGCCAGUGAGGAGACUGUGGUGGACUUUGCUGACCUGGCGCUGGACUGCACGAAGGCGCCGGGCACACGCCGCCCCGACAUGAAGGACGUGGCAUACCGCCUGCGUACCCUCAUUGACAAGCACUGCCCUGUCAAGGAGGAAGAGUGGGAGUUUGGUAGAGAAGAGAGUGUAAGCACCGGAGGGGAGCCAUCUGCCACGACGACCUAUUCUGCUGUCGGGAGCUCGUUGUUCAGCCCGGGACACAUGACAUGA